UAAGGAGCAGCCGGCGGAGAGCGGCUCUGUGCCGAGUCGAUGCCGUCACCCUGCUGGUGCCUGCGAAGCAGGAAGCCGCCGCGCGGAGUCAGCACCCCGGCGAGAGGGCAGCGGCGCGCCGAACCGGAGCGGCGGAUUCGAUUUGGAAGCGGAUUGCCGUGUGAAUGGGCGCUGGCAACGAAGCCCCUGCCUUCUGCCAUGGCUCUCUCCUGGGCUCGGAGGCUGAUACGCCGGCCUGCUUGUCUGAAAUGGGUGGCUUUGAGCACUGCACCAGAGGAGGACUGCAGGCAGGGGGCGGGGAGGCACGAAACACCGAGGAAAAGGUGGAUGAAGGAGAAGAAGCCUCGACAAGGCUUCAGCUUGCCAGGCCUGGAGUGCUCCUGGGAAGAGAGGUUAAGCAGUGUGGCAACUCCACUGUGGAGACUCGCCUAUGAAGAGCAGUUGAAGGUGAAGGCUGAAAGUCAGAAGAAAGUGUUGCAGACGCUGGCCUCUCGUCUGAGGGAGCAUGGCACAGACAAACUGGAAAUCACACAGAGACCAGAUGGGCUUUGCUGUCCCCUCCAUCCUGUGGUCCCCUCUCCCAUCGUGAACGGCUACCGAAACAAAUCCACAUUCUCUGUGAACCGAGGGCCUGAUGGGAACCCCAAAACUGUGGGGAACUAUGUGGGAACUGGCCGAGCAAAGAAUAUUGUCUGUGUGCGAGCCAACCGCCUGCAAAAUGUGCCCGAAAAACACAAACAAGUCGCUCAGUGUUAUGAGGAGUUUCUUCAGCAGUCCCCACUGGAUCCUUGCCUCUUGUUUCAUGAGGGUGGCCACUGGCGAGAACUCACAGUACGCACCAAUAGCAGUGGACACACCAUGGCCAUCAUCACUUUCCACCCCCAGGACCUUAAUCAGGAGGAACUGUGUACUCAGAAAACUUUGCUUAAGGAAUUUUUCACUUGUGGGCCUGGAGCAGUCUGCGCCCUGACCUCACUCUAUUUCCAAGAGAGUACCAUGACUCGAAGCUCCCAUCAGCAAUCUCCCUAUCAGCUCCUCUAUGGAGAACCAUACAUCUUUGAGGAGGUCCUGGGUUUGAAGUUUCGCAUCUCUCCAGAUGCCUUUUUCCAAAUCAACACAGCUGGGGCAGAAGUUCUGUACCAGACAGUUGGGAAGUUAAGCCAGGCUGAUAAGAAUACCAUCCUUCUUGAUGUCUGCUGUGGCACUGGUGCUAUUGGUCUCUCUCUGGCUCACCAAGCAUCUAAGGUUGUUGGUGUCGAGAUGGUGGAGCAGGCUGUAGAGGAUGCGAGGUGGAAUGCAGCAAUCAAUGGAAUCUCAAACUGUGAGUUUCACAGUGGAAAGGCGGAGGUGGUGUUGCCACAGUUCUUGAUGUCACGAGAAGACGAUCAGCCCCUUGUGGUAGUGGUGAACCCAUCCCGGGCUGGACUCCAUUAUCGUGUGGUGCGGGCCAUUCGAAACUGCGAGGCCACCCGGACCCUGAUCUAUGUUUCCUGCAAGCCUGACGGAGAAGCCAUGAGGAACUUUCUUGAGUUUUGCUGCCCACCAGACUCUAGAAAGAAGCUUGUAGGAGAGCCAUUUGUCCCUCUAUUGGCUGUCCCAGUUGACAUGUUUCCCCACACCAUGCACUGUGAGCUGGUGAUGGUCUUCACCCGCUGAGGGGUCAUCCUGGUAUAUGUGUUUCCCACAAAACAGGACUUCAUACCUUUAAAAGUGGGAGAUGGGACAGAACUACAAAUGUUCAGAAAGCUGGAAUGGAUAUGGCUCAGAUGUAACCUAUUAUUUUGAAAGUUGUAAAUUAAAACUCUUUUGGGAAUUUUCAGCCUGUCUUGCUAUGCUGUCCUUUGCAUAUCUGAAGAAAUAUGAAGCCUGUGUAUACUGAGAUUUUCUGUUUGAAAAGAUCCUUGGUUGCAGUUUCUUUUUCCCAUUUAAACCUUAUCCCCUUUGCUAGGCUAUCAAAAUGGCAUAGGUACCUCUUAGCCCCCGGUCUGCUGUUCUGAGAUUUCAUGAAACUGCUUUAAAUAUGCUAAAUACAAGUC